AAAAAAAAAAAAAAAAGAAAAAAGAAGCAGCAUAAAGAUGCAUCCCACUGGAACACCACCACCACCACCACCACCAAUAAACUGACACAAAGAUCCAAUCUUUACCAGAAUCAGUGGAAGCUCGAUCAAUAGAGAGAGAGAGAGAGAGAGAGAGAGAGAGCAAAUGAGUCAGUGGGCCGAUCUUCCAAAAGAGCUAAUAGAAUCGAUCGGAAAAUGUCUCGAUUCUCCUGUUGACGUUCUCCGCUGUCGCUCAGUCUGCAAGUCUUGGCGAUGCUACGUUGCUGUUCCUUCUUUUGACCAAGAAAUUCCUUAUUUAAUCCUUAAAAUUCCUCAACCCAUCAGAGCAGAUGCUAUUCUCGUCCAAUCCACUGUUUGUAGGAUUGAGUUUGCAAAUCAGAAUUCGAAUUCCUCUAGUUGUUCAAUGACAAAAGGUUGGUUAACCAAAAUUGGGGAGUCCAGAUACGGAAAAUUGAAGCUUCAAAACCCACUUUCAGAUAAGAAAAUCAGGUACCCUCUGUUGAAUUUAUUGGACACUAAUUUUACCCAAUUAAGUAAAGGAUUCAUGCUUAAACACCCAUCUGGGCAUCCUGUUUAUGGGGUUAAUAAAGUAGUUCUAUUUCCAAUUAGUGAAAAACAUUACAGCAAAAAUGAGAUUGGCAUUUUAGCUAUUUUCCAUGAAGGAAAAUUAGGUUACUGGAAAUAUGGACAUGACAAUUGGACCCUUUUAGAUGAUACAAACUUUCAAUAUGAUGAUAUUAUUGAAUAUAAGGGUCAAAUUUAUGUUGUUGAUACAUGGGGUAAAGUUUCUUGGAUUGAUUCAUCUUUGAAAUUGAUUCAAUAUUCACCUCCUUUGUUUGGUUGUGGUGAACAGAAGCAUUUGGUGGAGUCAUGUGGUGAUCUUUAUGUAGUUGAUAGGUAUCUUGAUGGAAAAAGAAUAACAUGGAAAGAUUAUCAUAUUUUUGAUGAUGUUGGAAAUAAUAUUCCCAUUCGUCAUAGGAGGUAUAGGAAAUGUAAUCCUAAUGCCAUUGAUUUUAGAGUACAUAAAUUGGAUGAAGAUUGGGGUAAAUGGGUUGAUGUGAAAUCUUUGGAAGAUAGAGCUUUUGUUUUGGGUGUUGAUUGUAAUUUCUCCAUUUCGUGUAGCGAUUUUGCUGGAGGUAAAGGGAACUGUAUUUAUUUCACAGAAGAUGACAAUUAUUUAGGAAGAGGAUUGAGUAAUGAUUGCAUUCGUGUGUUUCGGUUAGAAGAUCAUAGUAUUGAGAAAAUAGGAGCAUUGCCCGAGUAUUCUGAGGUAUUUUGGCCACCAGAUACUGGCUCAGAAGGAACAAAUCUGGCUCAAUGUUCUUUAUCUUAUUUCAGUUAGAAUGGUCAUUUGUAUCAUUUCAAAUCUUUUUAAUGUUGAAGUUCUAAUGUAUUCAGUGAGACAUUGUUGCUUUCUUGGUUUUUGAGUUUGAAAUACAUGGUUGCUUUAGACUUGUGAUCUUUGAUCAUUUUA